GAAAGUUCCAAAUACCUGCUAUUACUCGAUGCUGUUGAUAAAAUCAGGAUGGCUUUAAACUCAGGGUCACCACCAAGUGUUGGACCUUACUAUGAAAACCAUGGAUACCAACCGGAAAACCUCCAUCCCCAGCAACCCGCGGUUGCUCCCAAUGCCUACGGAAUGUACCCGGCUCAGUACUACCCGUCCCCGGUGCCUCAGUACACUCCGAGCGUCCCAACGUACUCUUCGACACCCGUCACCCACACGCAGCCCAGAGCCCCAUCAGGGAGAUUAUGCACCUCAAGAGCCAAGAAGUCACUGUGCAUCGCCUUCGCCGUGGGGGCUGUCCUCGCUGCGGGCGCGCUGGCCGCUGGCCUGCUCUGGAAGUUCAUGGAGAACGAGUGCUCGGUGUCCGGCAUGGAGUGCGGCUCCUCGGGGACCUGCGUCAGCUCAGCUUACUGGUGUGAUGGGAUUUCUCAGUGCCCCAGCGGGGAGGACGAGGACCAGUGCGUUCGCCUCUACGGACCGAACUUCGAGCUUCAGGUUUACUCAUCUCAGAGUAAGUCCUGGCACCCCGUGUGCCAGGAUGACUGGAGCGAGAGCUACGGGAGAGUGGCCUGCAACGACAUGGGCUACGGGAAUAGUUUUUAUUCUAGCCAAGGAAUAGCAGAUGACAGCGGGGCAACUAGCUUUUUGAAGCUGAACACAAGUGCUGGCAAUGUUGAUCUCUAUAAAAGACUGUACCAGACUGACUCCUGUCCUUCAAAAACAGUGGUUUCUUUACGCUGUAUAGAGUGCGGAGUCAGCUCCAAGUCGAGCCGCCAGAGCAGGAUCGUGGGUGGUGACAGUGCCAGCCUGGAGGAAUGGCCCUGGCAGGUCAGCCUGCAUGUCCAGGGUGUGCACGUCUGCGGAGGCUCCAUCAUCACCCCUAAGUGGAUCGUGACGGCUGCCCACUGCGUGGAAGAGUAUAGAAUGAAGCCAGUGUGUCUGCCCAACCCAGGAUUGAUGCUGGAGCCGGAGCAGGACUGCUGGAUUUCUGGGUGGGGUGCCACCUACGAGAAAGGGACGACCUCUGACGUACUGAAUGCUGCCAUGGUGCAGCUAAUUGAGCCCCAGACAUGUAACAGCAAAUAUGUCUACAAUAACAUGGUCACGUCAGCCAUGAUCUGCGCAGGGUACCUGCAGGGGACCAUUGAUUCCUGCCAGGGUGACAGUGGAGGGCCUUUGGUCACUUUGAAGAACAACGUCUGGUGGUUGAUUGGGGACACAAGCUGGGGGUCCGGCUGCGCCAAGGCUAACAGACCAGGCGUGUAUGGGAACGUGACAGUAUUCACAGACUGGAUUUAUCAGCAAAUGAGGGAAAAGCUCCGGUGA